AUGAAGAAGUUGGAUUUUAAUUUCUCGCCUACACUGCAAUUGGACAUUGUUAAAAUCUCUGUUCAGCUUACAAGGAUUCUGUGUCUAGUUUACACUUCCGUAUUGAUGGACGGUUGCUUGCAUCUGGAAGCUUUGAUGGGCUUGUUAAAAUCUGGGAUGCAUCUUCAGGAGACCUCAAGUGUACACUUGAAUAUCCUAGUGGAGGCAUCGAGUGAAUCAGGUAGCAUCGAAGAGAACAUUUGGGGGAUUGUGCAGUUUGGAUGUGGCAUGCUGACAGAAGUGCCUACCUUUUAUUGGGAGAAUUUGGUAAAACAAUCUGUACUGGUUCUGAUGAUGCAACCUUCAGAAUAUGGAAUCCAAGAAGUGGUGAAAAUAUUCAUGGUGUUAGAGGAGCCAGUAGAUUUGAAAAGCAGGAGUGGCGGACAAAAAUCCUCUGCUAACCCUGCUGCAAACAGAGAUCAAAUGAAUACUCCAGCCAACCAUGACGAAGAUGAGGAUCAAGGGGAUGUGUUUCUUGAUGAAAACGACAUCGUUCUGGAAAUCAAUGUCGACGAUGAAGAUCUUCCGGAUGCAGAAGAUGCAGAUGAUGAUGCGGAAGAUGUUGAGGAAGCUGAUGAUUCCAUGCACAUAUUCACUGGUCAUACCGGUGAACUCUACACAGUUGCAUGCAGCCCAAUCGAUCCAAGAUUAGUGGCAACAGGGGGUGGAGAUGAUAAAGGAUUUAUUUGGAAGAUUUUGGAUGGUGACUGGGCUUUUGAACUUGGAGGUCACAAGGAUUCUGUGUUCAGUUUGGACUUUAGUAUGGAUGGACAGUUGCUUGCAUCUGGAAGCUUUGAUGGCCUUGUUAAAAUCUGGGAUGCAUCUUCAGGAGACCUUAAAUGCACCCUUGAAGGUCCUGGUGGAGGCAUUGAGUGGGUCAGGUGGCAUCCAAGAGGACAUGUGGUCUUGGCUGGUUCAGAGGAUUGCACAGUUUGGAUGUGGAAUGCUGACAGAGGUGCCUACCUUAACAUGUUUUCAGGUCAUGCUAGUAGUGUGACCUGUGGCGAUUUUACUCCUGAUGGUAAAACAAUCUGUACUGGUUCUGAUGAUGCAACAUUAAGAAUAUGGAAUCCAAGUAGUGGUGAAAAUAUCCAUGUUGUUAGAGGUCAUCCAUAUCAUACUGAAGGACUGACAUGCUUGGCAAUAACCUCCGAUUCAACUCUUGCUCUCACUGGUUCCAAGGAUAGUUCUGUCCACGUUGUGAAUAUCACAACUGGAAAGGUGGUUAGUUCGUUGACUUCUCACACAGAUUCAAUCGAAUGUAUUGGCCUUUCACUGAGUCCUCCAUGGGCCGCAACAGGCAGCAUGGACAAUAAGCUCAUUUUCUGGGAUCUGCAGCAUUCAUCUCCGCGCUGCACAUGUGACAACGAGGAUGGGGUGACAUGCUUGUCAUGGCUAGGUGCUUCUAAGUACAUAGCUGCUGGUUGUGUGGAUGGGAAAGUAAGAAUCUGGGAUAGCCUCUCUGGAGAUUGUGUGAGGAUCUUCAGUGGGCAUUCCGAUGCCAUCCAGUCUGUGGCUGUAUCUGCUGAUAGGAACUUCCUUCUUUCUGUUUCUCUUGAUGGUACUGCCCGAGUAUUUGAGAUCCCAGACUUCCAGUAAGCAAAACUAGCUACUUCUAUUUCUACUAUACCAAAAUGAAAUGAGUUUCUUUAUUAUGACUAUUUGUAAAAACUGUAUCGUGGCUUUGCACUUGGGCCCUUUUCUUUCUUCUAUUUAUCCAUUUGUUGCUAAUUAAGCUGUAUUGGUAAAUUUUUAUCUUGAAUUUGGAGAAAUAUUUUGAACA